GUCUGUGUGAGCCUGAGCGCGCCCCCCGGCCGAGCGGGAAAAGUCUCAUUGAGCACCGAAUAACGGCAGCCGUGUACUCACAGCAGCUUCUUUCGCUCCCAAUCGGUGCCCCGACCGGACCGCUUCCGCGCCUCUAUACCGCUUUAUCCGAUCUUUUGGCGCAAGAGUAGUCCGUGCACUGUGCAAGGGGGCUCCAUGGCGUACACUCAGGGGGGUGCCAAGAAGAAGGUCUGCUACUAUUAUGAUGGGGAUAUCGGAAAUUACUACUAUGGCCAAGGGCAUCCAAUGAAGCCUCACAGAAUCCGCAUGACCCAUAAUUUGCUGCUGAACUAUGGCCUUUAUAGAAAAAUGGAAAUUUAUCGACCUCACAAGGCAACAGCUGAAGAGAUGACCAAGUAUCACAGUGAUGAAUAUAUUAAAUUUCUUCGAUCGAUACGACCAGACAAUAUGUCUGAAUACAGCAAACAAAUGCAGAGGUUUAACGUAGGUGAAGACUGUCCUGUGUUUGAUGGCCUCUUUGAGUUUUGUCAGCUGUCUACUGGUGGUUCUGUAGCUGGUGCCGUAAAACUCAACCGGCAACAAACAGAUAUGGCUGUUAACUGGGCAGGGGGCCUUCAUCAUGCUAAGAAAUCAGAAGCAUCUGGAUUUUGUUAUGUGAAUGAUAUUGUUCUUGCAAUCCUUGAACUUCUGAAGUAUCACCAAAGAGUGUUAUAUAUUGAUAUUGAUAUCCAUCAUGGUGAUGGUGUUGAAGAGGCAUUUUAUACCACCGACCGUGUCAUGACAGUGUCAUUUCACAAAUAUGGCGAAUACUUCCCUGGCACUGGAGAUCUUAGGGAUAUUGGUGCAGGAAAAGGUAAAUAUUAUGCUGUCAAUUUUCCAAUGAGGGAUGGGAUUGAUGAUGAGUCUUAUGGACAAAUCUUUAAGCCGAUAAUUUCUAAAGUAAUGGAGAUGUACCAGCCCAGUGCUGUUGUUCUGCAGUGUGGUGCAGACUCUCUUUCUGGUGACCGUCUUGGAUGCUUCAAUCUGACUGUAAAAGGUCACGCAAAGUGUGUAGAAGUGGUGAAAACAUUUAAUUUGCCUUUGUUGAUGCUUGGGGGAGGUGGAUACACAAUACGCAAUGUUGCUCGAUGCUGGACAUAUGAGACUGCUGUUGCACUGGACUGUGAAAUCCCAAAUGAAUUGCCGUACAAUGAUUACUUUGAAUAUUUUGGACCUGACUUCAAGCUACAUAUUAGCCCUUCUAAUAUGACAAAUCAAAAUACUCCUGAAUAUAUGGAAAAAAUAAAGCAGCGCUUGUUUGAAAACUUGCGUAUGCUGCCUCAUGCUCCUGGAGUACAGAUGCAGGCUAUUCCAGAGGAUGCUGUACAGGAGGACAGUGGUGAUGAGGAAGGAGAAGACCCAGACAAGCGCAUUUCCAUACGAGCUUCUGACAAGCGCAUAGCCUGCGAUGAGGAGUUUUCAGAUUCAGAGGAUGAAGGUGAAGGAGGAAGACGUAACGUAGCAGAUCACAAAAAGGGAGCAAAAAAAGCAAGACUUGAAGAAGACAAAAAAGAAACAGAUGACAAGAAAUCUGAUGUUAAAGAAGAGGAUAAAUCCAAGGACAACAUUGCAGAGAAAAUGGACACAAAAGGUGUUAAGUCUGAACAACCAAGUAAUCCGUGAUCUGUUGGAAAGAGGAACUUUGAUGGCAGGAUGCCGCAAUAAAAGGUGGAAGUAGAGUUAAUCCCCAACCCCCUUAAAAAAGACUGCUGAUUAUACCCUCUAGCACUUGGCAUGGACCGUAUUUAUUGUAAAACGGUAUUGUUUUUUUUUUUUUUUUUUGUUUGUUUGUUUUUUCUGGCAGGUCGUAAUGCAUUUUUUAAUUAUGGAGCAAAAUUUCUUAUCUUUGCCAUGCUUUAUGUAUUAGUAUUUAAGUAAACGUGAGUUAUGUUUCAUGUCUUAAACUGAUCUAUUAAAAUGCCUUUUUGCCUUU